UUUGUGUUUUUGUGUUGUUGUUACGGUGCCGUAGUGUCUCAUUGAUAGUUUUUUCCGAUAAAUAAUACAGUUUUACGUUACAUAGGCUUUAAAUUUUUAUUUACUUCACUACGACUUCUUAAUUUUAUAAAAAAUAUUGUCAGUAACAUAUGAAAAUAUCUAAUUAUGUCUUCUGACGAAGAAGUUCAAGUGCCCAGUACGUUCAAGAAACGUGUUAUAAAGAACAGAGGAGGAAGAAAGAGGAAAGCAUCUAGUUCUGACGAAAAAAACAGUUCCGACUCGGAAGACCACACAGUAGUGCUGCCGACAAAGAGACCUCCGAAAGCCAAUCCAAACAUACAGAGCACGGGACAGGUGAAGGCGAGGAGUGUCGUCAAAGAGGACAAGCCGAGUAGUGAUGAAGAUGAUACUGAGAAGCCAGACUCUUCCCAUCUCACUCUAUCAGUGCAGCAACAGAGGGAGAACGCAACAGCCACAUAUGAACUAGACACGGAGAGGGAUCGAGACGCACAGGCUAUAUUUGAGAAAGCUCAGAAGAUUAAUGAAGAUCUGCAGGGACAGGCUGAUGAUAAGGUAUACAGAGGUAUGAACAACUAUGCCCAGUACUACAAGAAGCGGGACACGGCCGCCGGCAACGCUUCCUCAGGGCUGGUGCGGAAGGGACCUAUACGCGCUCCGGCCAACUUGAGGGCUACUGUCAGAUGGGACUACCAGCCAGAUAUAUGUAAAGACUACAAGGAGACAGGAUUCUGCGGGUUCGGAGACUCGUGCAAGUUCCUCCACGACCGCUCCGACUACAAGCACGGCUGGCAGCUCGAGCGCGAGGCGGCGGGGGGCGCGGGGGACGGGGCGGGGGGCGCGGGGGACUCCGACUACGAGGUGUCGAGCGACGACGACCUGCCGUUCAAGUGCUACAUCUGUCGCGGCGCCUUCACGGAUCCUGUUGUUACCAGAUGCAAGCACUACUUCUGCGAGAAAUGCGCGCUGCAGCAGUACAAGAAGUCGACCCGCUGCUACAUCUGCAACGCGCAGACCAGCGGCGUGUUCAACCCGGCCGCCGAGCUGGCCAGCAAGCUGAAGAGACAGGGGGGUAGUGGGGGGGAGGAGGAUGAUGAUGAUGAUGAUUGAUGAAUACAGGGGAUGG